AUGUCGUUCUCGGUACAACGCCAAAUUGUUAGCUCUGUCACCGAUGUGAUCAAACCAGCAAGAAACUUGAAGGUGGCCAUCAUCACCAAGUGCACCAAUGGCGCUAAGAGAUUCGAGGCGGCCUUCAUUGAGGGAACUCCUGGCAGCACGGUGACUGUUCAUUCAGAUCUUACAUCGCUGACUGAAAUCAAAGGCGCGGAUGUGAUCGUUGUUAACAAAUCGUUAACUGAGGAGAUCAACAAUUCCGAUAAGUUGGAAACAUUUCUGCAAAAUGUGAUUCGCGCGGUGCGCUUUGGUGGAGUUGUCGUUAUUCGUGAGGAUUUGAAAAACCAUGAGGACAAAAAACAAGUUGCUCGUCUUACUGACUUCUUCGACGUCUACCGUACUCUUGACGAGGGAACUAACUGCGGACUCGGGUUGUAUGCUGUCGACCAAAUUGAGAAUUCGAUCUAUGUUGAACAAAACUAUCUCGACUUCUUCUGGGUGUUCAACAAGAAAGAGUUCGCCUAUUCAACCGACGUGACCAUUACUUUCCGCGAUUUUCUCGACAAAACACAAUACACCAAUACUGGAAUUUAUGCGUAUGAGUGGAUUUUCGGAAACAACUUCAUCUCACCAGGAGGAUACGAUGAGAACAUGAGAAUUAUUCGCCACUUUGGAAAUAUGCGAGCUGGAGAAACUAUGCUCGACAUUGGUGUCGGUAUUGGUGGAGGAGCUCGUCAAGUCGCCGAUGAAUUUGGCGUGCUCGUCAAGGGAAUCGAUCUCUCUUCAAACAUGCUGGCCGUUGCUUUGGAGAGAAUCCAAAAUGAAAAAGAUGCUCGCGUCCGUUAUUCGAUCACCGACGCCCUUGUCUACAACUUCGCACCAAACACAUUUGAUUAUGUUUUUUCGCGUGAUUGUAUUCAACACAUUCCAGACACGCAUAGUUUGUUCCAGAAAAUCUAUCAAUGCCUCAAACCGGGAGGCAAGGUUCUCAUCACCAUGUAUGGAUGUGGAUACGGAGAAAUGUCGGAGAAAUUCAAAAAAUACGUUGCGCAGCGUCAUUAUUUCCUGAAAAAUUUGAAGCAAAUCGAAGAAAUUGGAAAAAAAACUGGAUUUGUUAACAUUUCAACUGAAAACAUGACUCCGAGAUUCAAGGAAAUCCUCGGGGAGGAAAGAUCUAGAGUUGAAAAUAAUGUUGAGGAAUUCCUAUCGAAAUUCUCGCAAAAGGAGUACGACUCGCUCGUCCAGGGAUGGUCUGACAAGCUCGGUUACAUUGCUGAUGACAAUCACAACUGGAACAUGUUCUACGCCGAGAAACCGCUGUAA